UUUCCAGAUGAACUCGCUGGCGUACAAAACACCACGGUUAGUGCGACCACGGCGAGAGCUCUCUUGCAAGUAAAAGUUUUUCCCCACUUUGUACUUACUUAAACACACAUACACGCACGUACGCCAUGGCUACCACUUUGAAGAACGUCAAGAACAUUGUUCCUCUCUUGGACCGUAUUCUCGUCCAACGCCUGAAGGCUGAGGCCAAGACUGCUGCCGGUGUUCUUUUGCCCGAGAAGAGUGUUGAACGUCUUUCCGAGGGACGCGUCGUUUCCGUCGGUAAGGGUGGCCUCAACCAAGAAGGCAAGCAAGUUGCUCCUCACGUCGCUCCCGGCGACCGUGUUCUUCUUCCAGCCUACGGUGGUAGCAACAUUAAGGUGGGCGAGGAAGAGUUCACUUUGUUCCGUGACCACGAACUCCUCGCUGUUAUUAAGGAGUAGACGACGCCUGUUCACAACCCACUCGCUCAGUUCCUAUCCCACGCAAUGCUAUGUGGGGGUACUUGUGCGUGAAAAAGUGCGGCAUUAAGCGUGUUUCUCUGCACGCUGGAGCUGCAAGUCUGUUUCAUGACCUUCACGAAGUCCCUACCUGCGAGCUCGCCGCCACUUGAAGGGAUUCAUUACUCUCCUCAUGGGCUUCUAGGCCGCGUUCUCUGUUUUGUCUAUGGUAUAUUGUUUUCAUUCGAUA